AUGUACAAGGACGAGCUACGUGGGGCGGGGCCUACGAAGCAGAAGUAUCUGACUGCGGCACGAGAACUUCCACCAGAACGGAUCCGCGUGGGAUUCUCCUGGGAUGACAAACAGGCGGGAGAAACGGUGAGUUGUCAUGGUGUUGCUGUACAAGCUGACCAAGAAGGACAAGUACAAGCAGGACAUUGUCCAGACCUUCCUGGACUGGAUGCCCGGCGGCUCGAUCCCAUACACCCCAACGGCCUCGCCUACAGACUGCAGUGGGGAGCCAUCCGAUAUGCCAUUAACAUGGCGUUCAUUGCACUGAUGGCAGCAGAAGAAGGCCUCAGUGCUGCGGCGUACAGGAAGUGGGCUAUGAGUCAGGUUCACUUCGCACUGGGAGAUGCUGGCCACAGCUACGUUGUUGGAUUCGGAAAGAACCCCCCUCAACGCCCCCACCACAGGGGAAGCUCCUGCCCAAUGAUGCCUGCUCCCUGUGGCUGGAACGACCAGCGCCAAGCGGGCCCGAACCCCCACACACUAUUUGGGGCGUUAGUGGGGGGACCGGACAAGUCCGGGUCCUACUCCGACAAGCGAGAUGACUAUGUCAGGAACGAAGUAGCGUGUGACUACAACGCCGCCUUCCAGGGAGCAGUUGCAGCUCUGAAAUCGCUGUACUUGAGGAAGCUAUACCCGAACUAAACUCAACAUACUUGUUUACAUUAUCAUGGAAUAAAUACUAUACACUUGUACACUUCUAA